GCAGCAGCAGCAGCAGCAGCAGCAUGUGCAUCAAUUGCUCCAAAGCUUGACGGCUCCAGACACGCCAUUCCCUCCUUUCCACCCCCUCUUCCAAACCCCGGGCUUUCACGCCCACCAUCAUCACCAACAGCACCAACAGCACCAACAACACCAACAGCAUCAUCAGCAUCAUCAGCAUCAUCAGGCCCCCGCGCCAACUACCUUGCCGCAACAGCCAUUCCCCACGCCUCAAGCAAUCCCAGCUGAACUCAUGCACAGCCUGCAAUAUCAGCAUGGCACAGGCAUGGAGAAUGUGCUGCGACAUUUCCUGCAAAGCCAACAGAUGCAAUUUCCACAACCCGUGACACAGGCACCACAUUUACAGCAGCUUCAACAACAUGUGCAGCAACUACAGCAACAGCCGCCGCCACCACCACUGCCACAAUCGCAACCGCAUCCUCAGCACCCGCAGCAGCCUCCGCUUGGUGUCGCCCCAUGGCAUGGCCCACAGCACGCCGGCAUGAUGGCACCGUCAUUGCUACCACCCGCGACAGCAGAGGCAGCACAAGUGCUUGGUGGUGGCAUGGAGGCGCCAGCCAAACGUGCAAAGUACACGACGACGCCCAAGCCAGAACAAACAACCACACCCGACACAGGGUCAGCCACAGCACACACACCCCAGGCACCAUCCUCGGUUGUAUCCAUGGCAGGAGCCGCCACGACGCAAAGCCGUCAAGGGAAAAAGCCAUAUGUGUACUGUGUGCGGAUCAAGGCGUACAUCAGCGUCCUCUACGAUGCUCAGCUGGCACGCGCCAAGAAACGUCCUGAAACACAGCGGCAAGGUCGAGACGUUGAUGAUGAUGAUGACGAGGACGACGACAAACAACAACGGCAUCAACAUCAGCAACAGCAACAUGGGCAGCAACAGGAGUUUCACUAUCACGAGGCAGAUGUUGCCGCCUUCAUGUCGCUUGCAGCAACCGACAAGUUCUGCGGGCAGUACACAAAGCGGUACGCAUCCCUCCACCCCCACGACGACAUGAUUCACGAGCACAAAGUCUGGGAUGAGGGCGAUGCUGGCGAUGCCGGUGCCAGCCAACGCGGCAAGGAUGAUGAUGAUGAUGAUGACAACGACAACGACAACGACAACGACGACGACAACGACGACGGCAAGAAGCGUGAUGACAACGACCACAACGAUGACAAUGGCGGCGGUGACGGUGAAGAAGCAAGCUCAUCUGGCGCGCGCCCUGCCCAGCUUCACGUCUCCACCGCACGCGUGCUGUUGAAGGGCAAGACGCGACUUCUGCUGACGGUGAAGCGGCGAGCGCUUGACAUCAUCCCCAUGAGCGGAACUGUGCUGUUCUUCGCCCAGGGGCUGGUGGCGCCCGUGAAGAUUGUGCGCCCGUCUGAUCUCGCUGACACCUUCAUCACGGAUGAGCAGCAGCGGCAGAUUACGCGGUGGGACUUUGGCGUGCACCGCAGCUUGGUUGUGGCGCACACCAGCAUCGCCGCCUUCCUGGCGCAGCACGAGCACUUCUCGCACGUGCUGCUGCCGCGUGACAUGGGCAGGCACGGGCUCUCCGUGAUGGAGACAGACGUGCGGGUUGGCGGCGAUGAUGCUGAUGGUGGUGGUGGUGAGGAAAAGCAGGACAGGGGAGAGGACCAUGUGCUGUGUCUGAAGCUGAUCAAGCUUGGUGUGCGGGUUGCGCCACGCGGCAAGGCGGCUGAGCUUCGGUACUACACCUGGGCGAAGGAGGAGGACACGCGCACGGGCGUGACCAUCAAGUGCGAGGUACUCGGCAGCGAACGCACACACUCGCGGGCCAACGCCCGCCUGGAGAGCAGGGUUGCCUCGCGGUAUCAGCAGUGGAGGACAGUGAGCUCCAACACGGACGAUCGCGAGUGUCUGCACGUCGUGCUCGCACGGCGCAACCGUCGCGUCACCAUGUGGAUCCGCCCUCUAUCCAGAUGACAACACCUGCGUCCGUGUUGUUGGUGUUGGUGUUGUUUGUGUUGUUGUUGAGUGACGACUGUUCUGACUGUUGUUUGUGUUGUUGUUGUGAUGCUGGUGUUGUCGCUGUUACUGUUGCGUUUGUUGUUGAAAGGCUGUUGCUCGACGUUGUAAUGUCGUCGCGCCGACGGUAGUGUGACUUUGUCGUCGUCGUGCGGUGUGCGCUUUUGUUGCGGGAUGCAGCUGGUGUGGGGUUCACAUGCGCCACACUCGCAAGCCAGUGUGCUUUCCGCUGCUUCGUCUUUGCCCUCCCUCUAAGCUCUCUCUGGUUGAUCAUGUUCUCUUUCUUCCGAUACGCUUCAUCCGUCUUCCUUCGUCUCGAUACGUUCAUCCUUUCAUCUUCGUGUCACCUCGUGGCGUGUAGUCCUCAGGCCCUCCUCCCUUGUGCCAUGCUUGCCACCAUGCAUGCUUGCACUCUGCCAGCUCGCUUGAUCCUUGUCUUUUCUCACCACGACAUGCUGGUGGCGUGUUGUCCUCGCGCUGUACAUCUUGUACAUUGGUCCCCAACAUCAUGUCUUCAUGUCACAUCACUUUACAUUACUCCUAGUUGUCUUCCGUCAUCGAGUCAUCAUUGCUUCACUGCUGUCUCCUCCUUCCUCCCCGGCAUGCUGUGUGUAAGCAACGGAUGUGCAUACGUUCUUAAAUGGUUGCUGACUGCCAUUCCACGUUCACUGCCGCACUCAAACGCAUCCAAAACGCGUUCAUGUGCCCUUGUGUCCAUUAUUGUUGUUCGCCUCUCGGUUCGGUGUCCAUACGUUUGUACGUGUACAACUCUCAGAACUCUCUCACUCUUGAUAUCGCUCGCGUU